CCCGGCGAGAAAAAGUAAAACAAUGAGGCAGAAAUACAGAGAACAUUACUUCACAAUAAUAAAAAAUGAUUUAUAACAAACACGAUAAGAAUCGUAGCAAAGGCAAUCGAUUGAACUUGAAUAUCGUUUGCAUCGUAGUUUUAAGGUGACAUUUUAUGCACGGCAAUGCUCCAAAAACAUCGCGCCGUUCGCAAUCGGAUGUAAUGCUGUUAUUCACAACAGGAAGUCACGUGUUCGCAGUGCUUCUGGCUUGACAAAACCGACGAACUUUGCCGAAGCCGAAAAACUGGGGAAAAUGGAAAACGCAAAAGGCAUAAAGUCGUUAUCGGCGGAUGUGCGAGCGAGAUAAGGAGUAAGAGCGGCGGCCCGCGGUUUGUUUGAGCUCGCCGUAGUGGAUUUCGAAGUGACAAUGCUGUGGAGACAGGAAAAAACCAAGACCUUGUCGCGCUUCCAUUGAAAGCGAAUUUACAUUCCUCAUGGAGAAAGCAGGAGCAACGAUUCGGGAGUCAUGAGCACAGGUGUGAAGAAGCCUCCAUUAGCUCCCAAACCUAAACUUCCCGCCGUGGCCAAACCCUCACCCCCUCCGGCCAUUGCCCCCAAACCCGGCCUGCCCACCACAUCCCCCGUUUCCUCCCAGGCUUCCCCCCCCACUCUCAAGAGGACAAAGCCGGCUCUCGCCCCGAAGCCCCGCAUCCCAAAAUCCACCGGCCCUUCUCCCCCCGCUGCUUCGCUACCCCUCAAAGCUCGCCUUAUCUUAUCCCCUGAGCAGGAUAUUCUCGAGGACAGCCUCUCGCUGCUCAACAUCAGAAAUGGGAUCUUAUCGGAGCGGGAGUCGGACUACAUCAUUCCCACGCGUGCCGGCGGGUUGCGGGACUGCUGUCGGUGCCCGCGUGUGGAGAACGGUGAGCACGAGCCCAAGAACGGGAUUCACGAAGGAACGCCGACCGGACCGGAGCGAUGUUGGUGCGGGGCUGCGGGGGGGAGCAAAAGACCCCGGGACAAGCCUCAGAGACAGAGACACUUGGAGAGGGUGGGCAGAGAGGGGGACAGAUUUGAUGCUGAUGGAGACGAGGGGCUCGUGGACAUCAGCUGUGAUGUUGCAGGCAGCAUCGUCGCCUCCUCUCCGCCUGCGGAACAUCUGCGGCCGCGAGAAGGCAGCGCGGUCCCCGCGCCCCCGAGUAAGCCCCUCCCCGUCCCACAGCCUCGCAAGCAAAAGAAGCUCACCCUGGUGAGGCAGGGCCACGUGGAGGUUGCGGCUCGGGAUCCUCAGCAGGUGGACGAUCCAAGAGAGGAGGACUCGGUUCCCCGGGAGGACGACGAGCCCGGCGCUCCUGUACCGCCUCCCCGCCAGACCUCCCUCUCUCCUCGCCUCCACAGAACACAACAUCCCUCCCCGAGACUGAAAAAGAGCGCCUCGCACUCACUCAGCCUGCUCUCUCGGCCUCACGCGGUCGGCGAGCGAGAGGGCGAGGGGCGCGGCGGCCAGGAGGAGGAAGAAGACGGCUACGGCGAUUUUAAGCGCUACCCCGUCACCCACAGCCUUCCCAAGCAGAUCAAACUGGGAUGCCCGCCGCCCCUGCGCCACGCCGGCAAGGCCUUCUCGGCCGAGGAGCGGCAGCCCAUGAGGCCGCCGCCCCGGAAACCUCAGAGGCACAGCCUGCCCGCCCCUCCGCCGCCCUCCGUCUGUCCUCCGGCGCCGCCUUACGGCCCCAUGAGGGAGCUGCCCGCGCCCCCCCAGGAAAAACCUUCCUGGCGCUUCACCCGGCCCUGCGUGACCUUCUUCAGCCGCCAGAUGCCCACCAGGAGCAGCGUGCCGCCCAAAAGUCGGGCGCCGUCGCUGGGAGGCAAGCAGCGGGCGCAGUCCUUCUCCGCCGCCGACCUGGCCACCCGCUUGGACCCCAGCAAGCGGAGCCUCUCCUUCCGGAAGCUUCUGGAGCUCGGCGUGUCCGUCAAGAUGUUGCCCAAGCUGCUGGCCAAGGGAGGCCACUCGCUGGACUGCGCCCAAGCCGAGUCCAAACCGGCGGAGCGGCCCAACAGCUGCAUCGGCGAGGUCAGCUUCGGCACCGGCGACGACGGAAGUGUGGAGUACGAGAACGUGCCUCUCUACGAGGAGAUCCCCGAGUACAUGAACCUGCCCUUCCACGGCUGGUCGCGGGAUGGCGAGGCCUCCGACGUCUACGAGGCGCAGGACCCCUACCGCAAGUUCCAGGAGGACCGCUGCGCCAGUGACUGGCCGAGGAAGGACGUCCCCUCGGAGGAGGAGGAGGAGGACGAGGAUGAAGAGGUCCGCAGUUGGGACGAGGAGGACAACAGCUCGUCAUCCAGCAAGGAGCACGUGGGCGAGGCGGACAGACGGCUGGAGGAUGAGACCAAGCGCAAGAAGGUGGCGCACAUCGCACAGGAGAUCAUGAGCUCGGAGAAAGUGUUCGUGGAUGUGCUCAAGCUUCUUCACAUCGACUUUCGGGAUGCCGUGGCCAAGGCGACGCGUCAGAACGGCAAGCCGGUGGUGGACGAGCGCGUCCUCAGCCAGGUCCUCUACUACCUGCCUCAGCUCUACCAGCUCAACAAGGACCUGCUGAGGGAGCUGGAGGAGAGGGUGGCGCACUGGAGCGAGCACCAGCGCCUGGCCGACAUCUUCGUGCAGAAGGGCCCCUACCUGAAGAUGUACUCCACCUACAUCCGCCAGUUCGACGACAACGUGGCACUUUUGGAUGAGCAGUGCAGGAAAAACCCGCCCUUUGCCGCCGUGCUGCGAGAGUUUGAGAUGAGCGCCAGAUGUGCCAGCCUUGCCCUCAAGCACUACCUGCUGAAGCCCGUCCAGAGGAUCCCUCAGUACCAGAUGCUCCUCACAGAUUAUUUGAAGAAUCUGCCUCGGGACUCGGAGGACUACAAGGACACAGAAGCGGCUCUCGGCGUCGUGAAGGAGGUCGCCAACCACGCCAACGACAUCAUGAAACAAGGGGAUAACUUUGAGAAGCUGAUGCAGAUUCAGUACAGUCUGAACGGCCACCAAGAGAUUGUUCAGCCAGGCAGGGUCUUCCUGAAGGAGGGAACGCUCAUGAAGCUCUCCAGGAAGGUCAUGCAGCCGCGAAUGUUCUUCUUGUUCAACGACGCGCUCAUGUACACCACUCCCGUCCAGUCGGCCCAGUACAAACUCAACUGCGUGCUCUCCCUCGCCGGCAUGAAGGUGAGCAAGCCCAGCCAGGAGGCCUACCAGAACGAGCUCAACAUCGAGAGCGUGGAGCGCUCCUUCAUCCUGUCCGCAAGUUCGGCGACGGAGCGAGACGAGUGGCUGGAGGCCAUCGCCGCCGCCAUCGACGACCACGCCAAGAAGAAGAUCAGCUUCAUAUCCAGCCGCAGUCAGGAGGAGGCCGACGGCGUGCCGGACAGCGGCGCCCCCCUCGGCUCCAAGGCUCCCAUCUGGAUCCCCGACCUGAGGGCCACCAUGUGCAUGAUCUGCACCUGCGAGUUCACCCUCACCUGGCGCCGCCAUCACUGCCGCGCCUGCGGGAAGGUGGUGUGCCAGGCCUGCUCGGCCAACAAGUACUACCUGGAGUACUUGAAGAACCAGCCGGCCCGCGUGUGCGACCAUUGCUUCGUCAAACUCCAGGAGAACAGCGACCGCUGCGCCUCCUCGUCUGUGUCUCCCAUCAAAUCCGGAGCCUUCUCCUUCACCAGGAAACAAAAAAAGAUUCCGGCCGCACUAAAAGAGGUGUCGGCCAACACGGAAAACUCCUCCAUGAGCGGCUACUUGAACAGGUCCAAGGGCAACAAGAAGCAGUGGAAGCGGCUGUGGUUCGUCAUCAAGAACAAAGUGUUGUACACGUACGCCGCCAGCGAGGAUGUGGCGGCGCUGGAGAGCCAGCCGCUGCUCGGCUUCUUCCUGCGGGAGGAGAAGAACGGGCCGGCGCGGAAGCUGCAGUUCAAGCUGUACCAUAAAAACACGCUCUUCCACAUCUUCAAAGCCGACGACAUCCCCACCGCGCAGAGGUGGAUCGAAGCCUUCCAGGAGGCCAUGAUCCUCGAGCAGUGAGCAUCCAGUCGACGACGACCGAAGAGAUGGGAGGGGGAGCUUUUUUUUCUUCUUUUCCCUCCAACGUUGCAGCUGUGGCUCAAAUGGCACACAGUGUGCAUGGAAGUGGACCGUUUUGCACCAGGAAAGCCCUUGUAGGGGGAGGAAAAAAAAAAGAAAAUUCAAGCAGGUCACAGUCCGUAGCAGGAGGUUGCUGCUGUCCGCUUUGGAGAUGUCAUUCUUCGGUGUUUAUAUUGCCAGUAAGUGCCAUAGAUUGACGCUCCAACAGCGUCCUGGACAUAACUGGAAGGGGAAUCUAUUUUUCACACGCUUCAGAAUGUCCACUCUGCGGACUUCGAAACAAACCGCGAGAUUGUGGAAGUCAUAGAGCGACGUUGACAUUUUGAGUUGCAAGCCCAGAGCUGAAAUCUAUAAUGGCCGAAGAAGCAGGUCACUGGUUCAUCGUCGGGGUCUGUUGAGUUUCUUUUUUUGUUUUGUUUUCCUUUUUCCUUGUUUUUCCUCCCCUCAAACUUUUCUUCUCCACAACGUCCUGUGACGUGCAGUCAUUGAUUGAUUUCUUCUUGUCUUCCUAAUUUUAACUUUUUCGGGGUCGCAUUUGCUUGUGUACAUUCACGGUGACUCUUUAUUUUUUUUUUUCAA